GCAAGAUCACAUAUGAAUUUUUAUGACAAUUAUUUCAUGGCUAAAAGCCAAACAGAUUCUUCAGACUUCUCAAGUACUGAAAUCUCUGGAAAUAACAUCGAUUAUAGAACCUCUAAUAAUGUUUCUGUUGCCAGGAAACAGAAACGUGCCGAAGCUGAGCGAAAAUUAAAUUUGAAAAUCAGAGAAGGCUUCGCUGUGCUUUAUAACGUGCUUCCACAUCAUCUUGCAAGAAAUAAGAUGAGUAAAGCGAACUUGCUACAAAAUGGUGUUCAUCUUUAUGUUUUAGUGAAACACAUGUAA